UCCUCAUUAAAAAGUUGAAAAUUGAACUAAAACUCAAACCCGGAUAUCGUUCAGAUCCCUAAUUAUUGUCGGAACCCAAACUCAAACCCAGGAACAGAAGAUGGUGAGAGGGAGCGGAUCGCUGCUGAGAUGCGCCGGCGUGGGAAUAAGCACCACUCUUACUGACAUUCUUGUCUGCCCACUCUCCAAACAGCCCUUAAGGCUCUGCCCGAAAAACAAUGCACUCAUCAGCGAUUCCAUCGGCGCUUCUUAUCCCAUCGUCGAUGGGAUUCCUCUCCUUGUGCCCGCCGACGCCAAGAUUAUCGAUGCCGGCGAUGUAAAAUAUUCAGAGCAGAGGGAUUCGAUAGGUUGAACGUAAGCGCCCUCUUGUAUCCCUAAAUUCUCACAAUUGGAGUACGAGUUUUGUAUCAGUUGUUUUGUUGCUUGUAUUUCCUUUUCUUUUUUUUGCUUUUUUCUCCCCAUUUUUGCAUCCUUCUCUUCAUUGGACGGAAUUAAUAAAUAUCAUAAUGUUAAUGAAUACACCAAUGUACUUGCGACUCUUAAGCAAGAGGAAAUAAAACUUCCGUUUUUCUAUUACGGAAA